GACGGUUCUUCAAAUUUCAUACUUCUUGGUAUCUCUCUCAACCCAACAAAAUGCUUUCUUUGUGCUUAAUAAAAUAUUUCGAGGCAUGGAUCAUAGAAUAUAAUUACAUCCUUUUAAUGUAAACAAUUGGGUCUACUUAUGAAUCCUAAGACUUAGCUUUACCUAUAUUAUAAAAAAAAUGGAACUAAGAUAGAUCUCUCUUCCUCCCUCUCUCCCCCUUUCUGUCUAUUACUACAAUUAGACACUCAUACACAAGAGAUUGGUGCAAUUAGCAAUGGCACCUCGUAGCUACAGAGUCUCGGCAACCCCGUUUGUGAUAUUUGCACAAUUGAUAACCGUAGCAGUGAUAACUCUAGUGCUUGUUUGGCUCCUUCAUUUUCAGAAAGGAUUUUCUUUCAAAUCCGAUGAGAGAUCAAAGCUUUUCAACCUACAUCCUUUCCUAAUGGUGAUAGGGCUUAUUGUAAUUGGAGGACAAGCUAUCAUGGCAUACAAGUCAAUCCCUGCGAAAAGAAAGACGCGUAAAGGGGUUCAUUUGGUUUUGCACCUGACGGCUUUUCUCUCUGGAAUUUUGGGAAUUUAUGUGAUUUUCAAAUAUAAAAAAGAGGAAGGAGCCCAGAAUUUUCUAACCUUGCAUUCCUGGCUGGGCAUUACCACCGUAUCUUUGUAUGGCUUGCAGUUUGUGUCAGGUUUCUUUGCCUAUUUCUUCCCGGGUGCAGAAUGGACAGCAAGAGCAACACUUCUUCCAUGGCAUAUAUUUGUUGGAAUGGUGAUCUUCUUCUUUGCAAUGGUAAAUGCUGAAAUAGGGUUGUCUGGGUUUUCUCAGACAGUCAGUUCCUUUUCUGAAAGAUACAUAGUGAACUUCACUGGGCUGUUGAUCCUUCUCUAUGCAAUCAGUGUUACCUUCGUAGUCAUCCUUCCUGGACCUUAUCAAUGAAGAACAUUGAGAUAUUGAUGACAUUCAUGCAGGACUAUAUAUACCAUACAUAUAUAAAAUAUUGUCAGAUAUAUGUUACCAUCCAUUAUUAAUUGAUUUGUAAAGGUAGCAGUUACAGUCAAUUGGGUUUCUUU